AUGACCCCCCGAGAUGACUCUCCACCAGCUUCGGCCAGAAGCGGAACAUCUCAGCCGCCAAAAGCAAACGCGUCGGAGCCCGCGCCAAAGAGACGCCGAGUCGCGUUGGCCUGUUCGGCCUGCAGAAUCCGCAAAUCACGGUGCAAUGGAGUGCGACCAAGAUGUGACACAUGCGACAAGCUUGGGUUCGAUUGUUCCUAUGAACAGCAGGAAACCUCAGCGAAUCUUCUAGUCCCAAAAGAUAUUUUUGCUGCCCUAGAGGCCAAAGUGAAGCUCUUGGAAACAAAUAUUGAACAGCAUAAUGUUAGACUGAAUUUGGUUGAGGGUACACUAAAAACCUCAGGAAGUUCUAGGCAAGAUGUCACGCUUCCACUACAUCAUCAACCAGGAAACGUGGUGGUCAAUAUUGAUGAGAUACCAGAGAAUGGUGCUGGUCAGAGUAUGACUGAUGGCAUGGCCGUGUCUUUCGUGGAUGAGCAAGACUGCGGUUUCUUUGGCCCGUCAUCCAACAUCGCACUCAUGCGACACAUAUUGCGAGCUGUUGAUACAAAAAGGACACAACAUGGUAAUCAGAGUUCAUUAACACCGGCAUCAGAGUAUAGUGCCUACGAAGGUGGACUAGUGAGUAAUCUGAACGCGUUUCCAGCAGUCUCCAGCGAGUCUCAAAAGGCGGGCGCCAACCUCCUACCGCCAGACGAGGUCAUGCAGCGUCUCAUCCGCGCGUACUUUGACAACACGGGGCUCUUGUUUCCGUAUAUACACGAGCAAGAGUUUCUCGACACUUAUGAGCGAUUUCGAGCAAGUGGCUUUCGGGGUAAUGUUCGCCGGACUUGGCUUGGCUUGCUGAACAUGAUUCUCGCAAUGGCAACUUGCACUUCGUGCUGGGAGGACUCGGGAAGCGAGACCACCUUUGAAGAGUCGGAUGUUUACUACCGCAGAGCCCAGGAGCUUUGCCAUACACAGAUGUUUAGGGGGACUACUCUUGAAACAGUACAAUACCUCUUACUCACGAGUCAAUAUCUCCAAGGGACGCACAAGUCGGUUCAUACGUGGACCAUUCAUGGCCUCGCCGUCAAAGCUGCCAUGUCUAUCGGACUCCACUCAAGAGAUAUUGCGUCCAAAUUCACUCCUCUGCAGCAAGAGAUCAGGAAACGCACUUGGUUCGGGUGCAUUUUGCUCGAUAGGUUGGUUUUCCGCAUUAACAAGACUACUGCAGAAAAUAUGAUGUCCCAGCUGACACAACUACGCAGAAGUCUGAGCCUCACGUUUGGUCGCCCAUCUGCUAUACCAGAAGAGUACAUCCGUUUGGAUCUCCCAAAAAUAUUACCAGUACCGAUAUCGGCUUCCGAUGAAGUCCAUAAAAUGAGCACUGCGUUCUACAACGCCUCGAUAACUCUUUAUAGGAUCAUGGGGCGAAUCAUUGGCUCACUUUAUGGUAGCAACCUUGGAUGUGAAGACCAAUCAUCAGAUACAGCCACAAUGACAUCCAUGAUCCAGUUCGGCCAGGAGCUUUCAGACUGGCAAAACAGCUUGCCUCAGCAUCUGGGUUUGCGUUCUGUCGAUAACAUGCCAGACAACACGGAUGAGAAUAUUCAGGAUCCAUUGCGCGAAAAGUUCAGGAUAAUCCUCACGCUCAGAUAUCUCAACGUUCAACUCCUCCUCCAUCGCCCGAUAUUCAUUCGGUCUCUAGGUACUCUGCUUAGAGAGGCCAAAACGCCAUAUCGCAACGCGGGAUCAAUCAACAGCAUGCACGCCAACUUUGACAGAGUCUUUGUCCAAGUUGCGGAGAACAUCAUAGAUAUUAUAUACACCAUUUUGACAAGACCCGAUCAUGGGCGCCAUUUGAUCGGGGCUUGGUGGUUUACUCUCUACUAUGCCUUCAGUGCAGCGUUGGCCAUCUUCGGUAGCUUGUUGAUAUCUGUCGGCGCGGAAGCUGGAAACGCCGGGCGCCUCGAAAGUGCGAAACGAUAUCUCGGCAAGACUUGCGAGGCUCUUCUGAAGCUCAGUGAUAACAACACCCUUGUCCUACGUUGUGUCAAAUUUGUACAACAACUGCUCCGGAUCGUGAGCGCCUGGGAUGCGAGUACCGCGACCCAAGCCGACCUUCAUAGUGAAUCUUUGGGAUCUUACCUGACGGCGGAAGGGGGCCCUCUUAAUUUCGACAUUGAGUCAGAUUUGCUAUCAACGAUGCCGACGUGGGAGACAUCAACGCUUGGGUUUGGAGAUGAGCUUGAGCUGGGUCAUUUUUUUGCUAGUGAUUCUCAGCGGUGGUUUGAGCAGACACAGUGGUAA